AUGGCUACGCAACUAAAGUCAGGUUCCUCGAAAGAGGAUCUGAAGGAUGGCGCCGUGCAGACUCAGGUACAAGCAGCUCCCGAGACAGACUAUCUACCAGAAGUCUCUACUAUCCCCUGGAACCGUUCGACGAAGUUCCAAGCGGCUAUUGUUGCAGGGGUGUUCUUUUGUGGCCCUGGGAUGUACAGUGCUCUGAACGCUCUUGGCGCCGGUGGGCUGAAGAGCCCGCAUCUGGUGAACAUAACCAGCGGAAUAUCAUAUGGGCUGAAUGUGGUAUUUGCUCUCUUAACAGGAGUGUUUGUCAAUGUUCUUGGUGAACGGCUUGUCCUGAGUCUGGGUGUCGUGGGAUUCAGCAUCAAUGGAGCCUCGCUGUACUGCAACAAUAAAUUUCAGACAACAUGGCUCAUGUACUUCGCCUCUGCCCUGCAAGGAUUCACGACGGCACUUUUAUGCAUAGGAACCAGGGUUGUCCAAGCGUCGAUUAUGCUUGCCUAUCCCGAGGCUGACUUCAAGGGCAAAUUCAUUUCGAUCUGGUAUUCCUCCAUCGCGGCCGGCCAGUCCGUCGGAGGCGCGCUUGCCCUGGGAUUUAAUGCAGAAAACCAGAACGCUGGAGCAAUCACUCCCAUAACUUAUAUCCCUCUCAUCACAAUUGCUGCAUGCGGACCGUUUAUUGCAUUACUGCUGUCCAACCCAGAGAAAGUCAUUCGCCGUGACGGUGUCAAAGUCCAGUCGAAGAAACAACCUAACGCCUUAGAGGAGGCGAAGAAAGUCUUCAGUGCGCUGGCAAGAAAGGAGAUAAUCCUCCUGGUGCCCAUGUUCAUCUUCUCGCAAUGGUUCCUCUCCUACAAGGGAACAUUUACUGCCGUCUACCAUUCCGUCCGCGGGCGAGCGCUUACAUCGUUCACGAGUGCUUUUGCGGGCAUCGCUGGGACAUUCGCGAUGGGCUUUUUCCUCGACUCUCCGCGAUUGUCGCGGUCUACUAAGUUUCGCUGGGCUUUUCUAGGGACCUAUACGCUGUAUUCCAUUGUGUGGAUCUGGUACACGGUCGUGCAGUGGUACUAUGCGAAGACGAACCCUGUCGGACUUGAUUGGACACAGUCGGAGUUUUAUGCUAGUUUUCUUUUGAUUUUGGUCGACGGGUUUACCGACCACGCGUUUCAGACCUUCAUGUACGCACUCGUGGGGUCCUUGACGGAACACAUUGAUGAGUUGGAGAGGUAUACUGGGUUUAUGAAGGCAGUGAACACCGGUGGUGCGGCACUGGGUUACGCAGUGCAGACUGAGUGGAGUAUGAUGGGCUCAGAGGCAUUACUGUAA